ACACAGAAAUAUACUAUAAAAAGUUAUCUUCAUUUUCAAGUUCUUGAGCGACUGCUCUUCACGCAUGUUUUUUUUCUCUUCGAAUUUAUGAAUGUUUAGACUAGGUGUUGAUAGAUAGCUUACCACAAACAGGUUCAACACUCAAAUUUUAGAUUUCUUCAUUAGAAUAUUCUAUCGAACAGUCGACGAACAUUCCUAUUCUUGCAUUUGCACCUUCGUGACCUAUGCCCACCCGUUACAGACGGCACCUCCGCCUGCUUCAGGGCAGCGGAGAUGGAUGCGGCAAGACUGGAGUUAAGGGUGGAGGAAGGAAAGAAAAGGUGGGUAAGAAAGAAAGUGAAAAUUUUGACAAAAGAAUAAAAUAGGGAUAAAGAUGUAAUUUUACACAAAAAUUAAAUAUUUUUAUUUUUAUUUUAUUUUAGUUGAGUGUGAAUUUUAUUUUUUUAAUUUUAUAUCGUGAAGAACAAUUUUAGUAUUUGUUUUUUACUACUCAAGUAAUAGGCAGGAUGAAUUAUGAUCCCACAAAAUGAAUGAAUUAUUUAUUUAAGCAUGAAAAUGGUAAAUAAGUAAAUAAAUGCAAUUACGAUUCCAGCCUAACCAAAAUAAAUCAGGAAUUCUCCGACACGAUGCACUGAAUUACAUUUCAUAAACUUGCUAAUACUGUCAGUGCAAUUUCUAUAGCAAAUUUUUUCACCUAAAACCCUGUAAUCUCAAUUUCGAUCUGGUUUUGUAUCCGUUUCUACAGCUGCUCUACCCAGCAUGGUGGUCUGCAAAUGCCGCAAGGCGACUAAGUUGUAUUGCUUCGUCCACAAGGUGCCGGUCUGUGGGGAAUGUAUAUGCUUUCCGGAACACCAAAUCUGUGUGGUGCGUACAUACUCAGAAUGGGUAAUUGAUGGAGAGUAUGAUUGGCCUCCUAAAUGCUGCCAUUGUCAAGCUGAGCUUGCAGAAGGGACAGACCCUCAAACUGCUCGAUUGGGCUGUUUGCAUGUUAUACACGCAAAUUGUUUAGUUUCGCAUGUUAAAAGUUUUCCUCCGCAGACAGCUCCUGCUGGAUAUGUCUGCCCAGCCUGCUCUACACCGAUAUGGCCUCCAAAAAGUGUGAAAGAUUCAGGAUCACGCCUCCAUUCAAAGCUGAAAGAAGCAAUUAUGCAGACUGGUUUGGAGAAGAAUGUAUUUGGGAACCACCCAGUACCGUUGCAGGGAGCAGAAUCCCGUAGUCCUCCACCUGCAUUUGCUUCUGAACCCUUGGUACACGCCUCUGGUACAGUUGAUAAAACUGCAGCUUCUACUGCAAGACCUGCAAAUUUGGAUAUUUUGGAGAUAGAUGGAUAUAGCUCUGGGACAUCAUCUUUGCCCAAUCAUGAGCCCGAUUUUAUGAAAAACACAAGUCCUACUGGUCCUGGUGCAACCACACGAAAGACUGCUGUGCAAGUGGACAGACAAAACUCUGAGGUUCCAUACUACGCUGACGACGAAGAUGCAAAUAGGAAAAAGUACUCUCGAAGAGGUUCAUUUCGCCACAAGUUCCUUAGGUCAUUGCUGCCUUUCUGGUCUAGUGCAUUGCCAACUCUACCAGUUACUGCGCCACCAAGGAAAGAUACGUCUCAUGGGGAUGAUGCCCCAGAACGCCGUGCAAGGCACCACAAGACUUCACGAAUGGACCCUAGGAAGUUGCUCUUAAUUAUAGCCAUCAUGGCCUGCAUGGCGACAAUGGGUAUUCUAUAUUACAGAAUUGCACGCGGUCUGGGUGAAGAAUUGGCCGAUGAUGAGCCACAAUGAUCAACCUUGCGAGUGAGUGAUACGGCUAACACAGCCGAGGAAGAACCUCUGUUAAUUUUAUGUUUUUUAGUAGAAAACACCAAAAUCUUCAAGAUAUGUUUUUUGGUCGUAGCAAUAUUCAAUUCUCCAAAAGAUUUGUUGUCCAUAACCCUCGUUCUCUCUCUCUCUUGAUCUUGUUUCCGGAAAAUUGUUCUAGCUUAGAUGUAUUCCCUUCCCUUCUUUCUCGUGUUCACCCGAAAGAGAUUGUGUGGCCAAAGCAGUAUUCACGAGUUCUGAGAAAUUAAUCAUCUGUGUUGUUGAUAAGAUUUUGAAUGAUAAUAUUCGACUGAAUGAUUUAACUUUA